GCGUGACUCGUUCCUGUGCUGUGCGUGCGUUAUUGAUAUCCGGGAUCCCGGGCCGCGGGACUUGGCCGGGACUGGGCGUAGAACUCGUCCCUGGACUGGGACAGCGUUGCGGGAGAGCCUCGCAGCAGGCGGUUUGUUUUGGUUGGUGACUCACAUAGCUCAGAUUCAGUUCCCGAGCGGAGCAGUCGCGCGGUGGCGCUAGUGUGUGUCAAGUGCGGGCGCCGAGGUAUGGCAGCCUCGUUCCUGGCUCCCGUGAAAACGGAGCAAGAGAUCUUCGAAAAUUCCAUGCUCGAGGAUGAUCCCAAUUGCAAUUCAUCAGUGUCGCGUUUCCCGGAGGAAGUGUUUCAACCCAGAUGGGGGCCAACCCAUCGAGGUGCUCAGGAAUUAGCUAAGCUAUACAGUACAGGAAAAAGAAUACAAGAAUAUAUAGGUGUAUGCCUUGGUUUAACACUAAUGUCAAUAAACCUAAUACUGAUAUUAUCUAGAUUUAAAAUUGAAAAUAUUAGCACUGUUGUAAUAUCAGCAUUAGGUGGCAUUGUGACCGCAGAUUUUCUAUCUGGUUUUGUUCAUUGGCUGGCUGAUACGUGGGGAUCAACGGACCUACCUGUCAUAGGAAAGAAUUUUUUACGUCCUUUUAGGGAACAUCAUGUUGACCCAACGUCAAUUACUCGCCAUGAUUUUAUUGAAACCAAUGGAGACAACUUCAUGGUUACCAUUCCGUUCCAAUGCCACAUGCUGUAUCAGUUCCUAGUCAUGUCCGAAGACGAAUCACAGAAAGUAUUUUCGUGGACCUGCUAUCUGUAUCUUCUAGCUAUUUUUGUAGCUAUGACAAAUCAAAUUCAUAAGUGGUCUCACACUUAUUUUUACCUGCCCAAGUGGGUUGUAUUUUUACAAGACUGCCAUAUCAUCUUACCCAAAAGACACCAUAGGUACCAUCAUGUUGCACCGCAUGAAACAUAUUAUUGUAUUACCACUGGCUGGUUAAAUUGGCCUCUGGAACAGGUAAGAUUCUGGCCGAUUUUAGAAGUAUUAAUUACGAAAGUAACUGGUUGUAAACCCAGGGCCGAUGAUUUAAAAUGGGCAAAAAAGAGGAUAUGAGCCAUAAUGUACUGCUUUAUUUGCAAAGUGGUUUUGCAUGCCAUACAUUUUUAUUUUUACCAAUUUAUAAUUUUUUGUACUUUCGAUUACUGACAAAUUUAUUCACCACCGACGUUUACAUUUUCCGAAUUCAUCCAUCUUUGGGAAUUGUAGGAUUUUCAAUGUUUAUCUUCUUUUCUUUUGGUUACUGUAAAUAUUUUUCUUAAUUUUUUACUUCAUUUUAAGGAGACUUAUUGUCAGUAUAUUUAGGGCCUUAAAGUAUUUAAUUGUGAUAGCAAGAAAAAGUAAUGAAGUUCCUAUCUUCAUUACCUUCUUAUUUUCAACAGAUAUUGAAUUCCAUGUCUGUGUUUUUUACCCUAAGCUCUAAUCAGGUAUCAAGGUAAUAAUUUCUGAUACCUUGCAAUUCUCAAAUUCUUUUCACAAGAGCUUUUUCUAAAAAAAAAAAGUAAGGCACCAUUGCAUGAGGGUUGGCCAAAUAUGGAAAUAGACGAAAAUCACCAGAGAUUUUCCUUCAAGGGGCUGCCUAUAAAUUGCACAAAAUGAUUUUUCCAAUUUUUUGACAUCCGCCUAUCCCUUGUAGCGCAAUCAAAUGCUGAUCCAGACUUACCUAAAAUAAUUAUGUAACAUUUGCCUCAACCCCAUGCCCUCCUUUUUUCAUGAAAAAAACUUGAUAAGAUUUUUCUUACUGAAAAAAAGGAGGCGUAACCUCUGUUAAUUAGAAGGCUCUGUGUUUUAAGGAACAGAAAAUGAAACCAAAAUAAAAAUUGAAAAGAAAAAAGAAUAAAAAAAUUGAAAUCAAGUACACAUACCAUUGCGUGAUGCUGAGCUUGAUACCUUCCCCUCACCCCUUGUCGGGGUCCCAAAAUUAUGAGGGCCCACCCAUCCCUCAAAGCUUUUUAUAAUUUAUGAACAGCCCCUAAUCUAUCACACUUCCCUUUUGUUACCUAAUCAUGCCUGAACCUUUUUUUAUUUCUCAUUCUUGCUCAUGGGGGGAAAAGUGGAACUUAUUAUUGAAUGGCAAUGCCACCAAAUUUUUAGUAUCCUACGAGUAUUAAUCCAGCAUACGAAGGCUAAGAAUUGUCAGACCCUUUAAAUAUCUGUUCAGACUGUUUUUACAUCGAGUCAGUACUACCGGAGAAAGUGCGUUUUUCUCAAAAAUGCAUCCUAUUUAAUUUAAACGAAAAUAGUACCUGAAAAUUAAAUACUAUUUUCUAUCAGUGAAAUUUUUUAGGCAUUUUAGGACAAUAGGCGGAACAGGUUGAGUAAAUGCUUGUCUUGAGGUCAAAUGAUUUCAAUAAUUCGGACCAAGGUCUAUCAUUGAUUGUAGCUCGGGUGUAAUUAAAAUUUGUUCAACUCUAAAUUUAGGUAUGAUUAUGGUUGCAGCUGUUAAUUGUCUGGAAACAAUAUUUUUAUCACCGAAUGUUGGUGAUCUUUAGUUUUUUAAUAAUCUAGAUGAAAGACAUGGAAAAAUCCGUGUCAAAAUUAUAAAACUAUUAUUUUUUGGUCAUUCGUACCUUUUUAUAUCUAGAAAUCUUGCAGUAAGGCUCCUAACAACGAAAAAUUGCUCAGUAUCUAAAAUAAUUUUUACUAAUCAGAAAGGAAGAAGUGGUUUUGGACCAUAUAAUUUUUUAUCUUGCUGAAAGUUCAUUAUUUUAUUUUUCUCAUUAUGUUACCCUUUAAGUGUGCCAUCACACUUUGAAGUUUGUCUCAAUUUUGAAUAUUUGAUUGUUUUCAACCUUAUCAGUCACUAUCACCGGAGAAGGUGUGUUUAUAAGGUUUGUUUUCACUUUUUUGUCUCGUUUUUUCCUUUCGUUUUUUCCUCUUAUUUAACAUGAAUGUUACAUCUUAAGCAUUAUCCAUCCAUAACCAUUGUGUUUUCUCUCAAUACCUAAUUGUAUUUUUUUAGCAGUUAAAAAUCAAUUUUACAACUUUAACAUCGUAGCAGUGAGUCUAUUUCCAACGCUAAAUAUAUUUUUGUGAGCCCAAGACAAUUUUAGUGUGAGAAACGUAUCUGACCUUAAUGUGUUUGCAAGUGAAAGUGAACAGUAACAACUGUUUAACAUCUAGUAAGAUCAACUUCUCAUUUUAAUAUCCUCCAACAAAAACUUGUUCUCAUCUGUGUGUCAAAUUCUGCAAAAACCUAUAAUGCCUCUACUGCAAUAAUUUGCCUAUCCAGCACAAGGAAGUUAUGUAGCUAAUUUUAAACACGCAUUUGCACGCACACCAAAAAAAACAAAAACCUCACCAAAAUCCUCAAUAUGACGAUCUUUAAAAGGAUUUACAAUAGGUAAAAUGGCUUGUUUUGUAAAUGGCAUGUUUUCUAUUUUUUGCUAAAUUAUCUAAGAAUGCUUUUUUCAUGUUGGGAGGAUACCAAUGUAAUGGUUCAAUUGGUUCCAAUACAUAUUCAUGAGGGUUAAACAGGAACCAAAUAUUUUCUCUUCAAAGGUUGAGGUCUCAAGAAAGGCAUAAUCUUCCAAUAGGAACAAUCAAUUCAUAUGUCAUUCAUGAGGACAGAAUUUUCGUUCUGCUGCAAUCAGCAGACUUGAAUACUCUCUUGAAUCUUUUUGGUAUCUUUAAAUGGAGCAGACUUACACACAGAUGGUCCACUUUCUUUGCUCGUGCACCGUUCAUUUUACACUUUUUCUUUUGAACCUAGUUACGAUUCUGUAAGUUCUGCACCUUGUCUGAUGACUUACAUCGCAGGUGUUUCUAAUUGCAUGGGAGUGUCUUUAUUUUUAUAUCAGAAUAUUUAAGAACAAAGAAGCAGUAACCAAAGUACAAAUUACCGUUAAAAUAGCUUAAGCGUAGAUUUUUUUGUUUCGCAACAAUUGCACUUUUAGCAAAGUCUAUUUCCCCCUCCCCUUUCCACCAGAGAUAAAAUCUUAAUUAAGAUGGAAUUUGUAGGGUUUACUUACUAAUUACUUUGCCUGAGAAAAUUUGCUGUGAACGAUAGCUAGGUUUCAAUUCCGUAACUCCACAAAAAUGUAUUACCUAUCAAAACAUUUUAAUCAAUUAAGUUUGUCUUUGUCCUCCCUCUGGAAAAUAAAAAGGAGCUGAUGAAUCACUGUGUCAUUGUUAUGAAGUUAAACCUCCGCGCAAACCAAAAAGCACGUAUCUACCAUUAUCUCAAUGCACUAGAUUGUGAAGGAACUAGCCGUCCAUUAUCGUAACUGUGUUAUAAAAUAUGCAGCUGCAUUAUAAUCGUCAAUUUUAUACAUGAGCUAUUUUAAUGGUGUAACGAAUUUUAUGCCAAAUUUCUCUUUUGUAUUUAUUUUCUGAAUUGCACAACCUCCACUUUUAAGUCAUGCUACUCUUUAUCAAUUUUUGAAGCAAUUGCUUUUUUGUAUUUCUCUGGAUUUGUUAUCAAGCCAUUAUUUGUACUACAAGGCACUGCACCCAAAUCGGACUCUGUCAUGAACACUAAGUACAUUCUCUGGCAUUUAGUUUACUAUGAUUUAGAACUGAGUUAGAAAACUGUUAAAAAAACUGUCUAAAGUAUUUGGUGUUUUAUUUUUUGAAUUAGGUAAUACUAAUCCAAUGUUAAUCAUUUGGACCAUUUGAAUUUGACCCUACUGCCUUUUCUUGUGAGCAGUUUGCAAUAUUUUCGAGAUGAAUUUAAAAUUCAUUUUCUUCCCUUCAAUUAUUGCUUUCCUAUUCCAAUAAUGAAAACAUAAGUGCUUUCACAUGUUCAGAAUUAUUGGAUUCUCAUCUUUGUCAUUUUCCUCUCUAAAUAUUUUUUUUUUUUUUUUGUCCACCAUCUUUGUUUAAAAAGAAUACUUAAUUGAUGUUUAGUUCCUCAUAAGAAGCGUGUGAAUUCUUAACUAAAAUUUAGGCAUUAUGUCUGAAGGCAUGUUUCAACCUGUUACAACUACAUAAAAGGAAAAAACAGACUCAGGAUUCAUGGCGAAGUACUUUCUUGAUAGAUUUUUUUCCUUCAUUUUAUCUAUGGUUAGUGUUAUUUGUUAGAACAGCAUCACAAGUUCUUUGUCGGUUAUAUGUCUUUAUGAUGUAGUUAUUGAAAAAAAAUGUAUACUGGACCAGUUUGUUAAAUAGUACGUGAGCACAAUUUGACAAUAAACUGAUUUUCAUUUCACAAAAUUACAUUUGAAGUGUUGCGUUUUCUUGCGAGACUUGGAGUCUCUAAGUUAAAGACAAAAAGAACUGUCUACAUGCACAUCAUUUUAUCAAUGCAUACUGUUCGCUUGGUACUAACAAAUAACAUUUACUGGUGGAUUUUGUACUGAUAAAAAAAUUGAUUCCUCAUUACCACAGCACAAUUAACAUCAUCCUUUAUGCUUUUAGUCGAAACCUUGUUAUCAUCCUUAAGAUUUUUUUGCCAUAUGAAUCUUGUCAUGUUAUGAAAGUGAGAAAAUGCUUUAAUGGAAGCACCUGUGUAUCCACAUUGACAUGAUUAAGUUAGAUCUUUGUGAAAAAAAUACCAGUGAUGUUAUCAAUUAUUUUAAUUAUUGCAAAAUUUUAAAUAUAUGUUAUUUCAUGUUGUUAUGCAUCAGAGGAUUUAAAAUCGGUUGCCUAGAUAUUUGAUCUGCUCAGCACAAAUUUAUUGAUAUGUUUCAAUUAUUUAUCUCAUUUUCUUUAAAAAAUGUAUUUAAUAGCAAGUCUUUUACUUGUUAAUACUUGCAUCAAACUCGAUUUGUUUAUGUAGAUCAUCUGUAGAAUUUUUUAAAGUUGGUUUGUUUAGAGAUGAAGCUAAAAAAUAUUUUAUUUAUUUAAUUAAUUGCUUUAGUCAUGAGUAUGAAUGGAGAUAGAGAGAUACGGUAAAUUUUCCUGUUGUAAAUCCGUUGAUUUAGUGACUACUUGUAAAGUUGUUAGCGAGAUUUUUGUUUUGACUUUCACUAUUAGAUUAAAUUCAAGUUGAAUUGUUAUUGUACCUACUUGCCUCAUUUAAGUCCCAGGGCAGACCAAAAAAGAAGUGGAAUCAAUUUACCGCCGUGUUUUACGAAGUGCAGUAUUUCUUGUUUAUUAAAAUUUUUUGCCUGCCGAAAGAAGUGAAAAGGAAAAGCAUUGCUUUUCUAAUAAACAAUCGUGUCUUAUCUGAAAACGUGUUCAUUUUAGCAGGCUAAGGAAUAACAUAAUUUUUAGGCAGCCAUUUACAUACAUAAUUUAAAAACUUUGAAUACAGGUGUGCAUGCCCUCCAAUCGUAUUUAAAAUCUUUAUUUUCAAUCAGAAAAGUGUGUUUUGCAUUUUUUUAAACAAUUAAAAUGUAUGAAGAAAAUAAAGUAUAAAAUUGCGUCUGCGCAUAUUUUUUUAAAGAGUUUUUCAUUUCUGGUGCUUGACAAGAACCUCUCUCACAGGGAAUUUAGCCUUUUAAAUGCCUACUUAAUUAAUUUUUAUGUACUCUCUCCAGUUGUAGAUUUGCGAUAAUUUGAGGAUACUCCUGCACACAAACUUAUAUUUCUAUUUGAGCUUUUGUGCAAUUCAUAUUCAUUUCUGUCCAUCAUGUCAAUUAUGAUGAUUGUAUCUUCUUGUGUAUAUGUCCUUGUACCUUUUAAUGCCAAAGGCUGGCUAAGCCAUUAUAAGACAUAGUGAAUGAUAUAAAAAUGAUGCAACAAUGCAUUAAAGAAGACCCCAGUCCUUUUUGGUUGAAAUGUCUGCCAUUGUAAAACUGUUUUUGUGAGUUUAUAUUUUCAUCUAUUGCUUGUUGUGUAAUUAGCAUCAUGUAGUUAAAUACACUGAAUUAGUUGGCUUUUAGCUUAACUUUUAUAUCAUUCACUAUAUCCUUGUAACUAGGUAUUUCUCUCUUACAUGCAUUCUCUGUAGUUGCUGUAGACUUUGAACUCAACCUGUUUUCUUCAAAUGAUAAAAAGUAUCCUAUCCAAUUACAAUUGGUAGAUACUCAGACAUGGUCUGAUAUGGAGAAGUGUAAUUGCAAUGCACUCCUAAUGAGAUGUGAUCAUCGUUUGUGUUUCCUGAAGUAACCUACCGCAAGCAUGGGCGGUAUAGAGCUGUCAAAAGUGGACCGCAGAUUGUUGGAGAUUGCUGCAAAAUAAAGUUUACCUAGUCAAAAAGUCAAUUUCCAGCAAUCAAAUGUCAAUUAAAGCGUUGGGUACAACUUGAGAAGGGCCCUUCUUGGUAUACAUUGUUUUGAGAUUUAAGGGAUUGAAAGUUUGAAUGUUGUAUCUGUUGGCAUGUUUGGCCAGAUGUCGUUCAAUCGUUUUUCCCAUCAAAAUGUAAGUCUUCUCAAAGAUAUUGAUGGUUGUAAUCCUCAUUUGAAUGAACUUUAAAGUAGAAAUAAAUAAUCAAAGCUGCAGGAUGAAGUGUCGUUUCUGCAUAAAGCGAGACAAGUCAUACAGAAUAGUUGUGUUCUCUCAGUUAAGUCAACUUUUCUUGGACGUAUAUCAAAACCCUUUUACGUACUCAAUUGUAAUUACUUAUAGCAUAAAUCUGUUCUUUCUGAUCCUUUUUUCACCUGAAAAACUAAUGCAAUCUGUUCAAAUGAUUUUCCAACCCAUCCAUCCCUACUUAUUAUACGAGUAUAUUAGCAUAAUGAACUGAGGACCUCAUCCAAUUUUUUACUUCAAUAUUGUCUGCAAUUAUACAUUACUUGACGGUGGUAAUAUUUUUUAAGUUUUCAUCUCACACAUUAUUUUCUAAGCUAGCUAAAUUACGACUUUUCUGGUAUGCAGCUCUGCUUAAAUUUUCCUGGUUCAUUUCUUACACUUUGAUUAUUCCGACCCCUUCCUUUGAUUCCCCUCAAUUUUCCCUCAAUUUCCUUUGAUUAAGCCCUAUUUUAUUCUUACAGGCUUUUACCUACCUAUUGACGACGGUGAAUCACUUGCCUAUACAGAUUUUUCUCUUCUCUUAAAUUCUGAAGUAUUGACAGCAUGAUUGUUACCUUUUUCCUCAUCUGUCUUUUUCUUUGUCUAUGGUCUUUUAAUUUUAGAUGUAGGUGUAUUUUAUGGGGAAUGUUUUUCCUCAAUGAUGAACCAUGAGUUUUCUAUUGUUGUAAUUUUUGAUUCAUUAAUAAACUGCACAAUGCCAGCUAGUCAGUUUCAUUUGUCACAUAAUUGGAUUUUAAGUGUUGCAGAUGAGAGUAACAACAGAAAAUUAAAUUUUUUCAAACACCAAAACCUUGAUAAAAAUUUCACCCUUCAGAAAGGUGUAUUACUUACUUCUUCCACCCUGGUAAUGCAUGUCUACAACUGUUUCUUGUCCCAGCUUACACAGUGUCAAACACGAAGGUUAAAAUUUUUAUUAAUAUCGAGAUCACAGAGGCGUUUGGAUGGAUCUCAUUAUACAUGCUCUGUUAAUGAGCCUUAUAAUCCAAGAUAUGAUUCUGAGGCAUGCCCAGAUAACCCUCAAUAGCUAUUUUGCCAUCUAUUUAUGAAUUGAUAGAUAGAAAAUAUAAGACAGAAUGAUGGGUUAUGGGGAUAUUUUUUUUUUUUUUUUUUCAUAUUUAAAUGCUUACAUUAUUGUCAAAAAUGUCGUGUAGAUUAUUACGAUCAGGAUUUGGGGCAUGCAAACGUUGUUUAUUGUGUAGAUUAUUACGAUCAGGAUUUGAUGGGGCAUGCAAACGUUGUUUGCUUCUAUUUUCGGUUCUUGCUCAAACCAGUAUAAGAAUCAGCCAUUUUUCACAGAAGCCUUACCUUCAUUGUGAGGCUUAAAAAUUUAGAUUGGUCUCAAGUCCUUGCUUUUUAGUGAUUAACUGUAGAUGUGUUUUUACUGUCAUUUGAGUCAGCUAUUAGUGUGGAUUUUAAAGGAGAAUCCAAAUUUUAUUUUAGAGAAUCAAUUUUAAUAACUUUCAGAAUAAUUCUAAAUCAGCCAUUUUUUUAAAUUACCUAUAUUUUUAUCAUUAUUAAUUUCAUUGAUGCCGUCAGGUAAUUCCCUCUGCAGGUAUUUCUUCAUAGUUCUAAGGUAAAAGUAUAGACAAACAAUAAUGUACCUACCUAUAAGGAAAAAACUAAUUCUUGUUUUUUAGAAAAGAAUAAAAUAUUUUUUAUAAAAAA